GGCUCGAUGACCUUGCCCAGGCGGGGUGUGAAACGUCUUCAGGCGGGGCGGCUGCUUGUCGGCAGGCGGCAGGGGGACCACUGCAUACGGGGCAAGGAAGGAGCCGCGGAGGCGAUUAAAAGCUUCUCGUAGCAUGGCCUGGAAAAAGCUAAUUCUUGUCGGACCGAUGGAAGUGAAUGCCUGGACGGCCGACUCCAAUGGCCUCACCGAGAUGUGCGGGGUGAUUCCCGAGAUUAACGGACAAGCGUCGGGAAACAAGAUGGCGCGAUGGUUGUCGCCUCCUGUCUACUCUAGUGGUCCGGAAAUGCCUAUAGAGGUAAGGGAUGGGGUAUCUGUGGUUCUCCCGGAAGAAGGGACGUGGACCGACCUAGAACCGGCCUAUGAAACCGUGNCUAUAGAGGUAAGGGAUGGGGUAUCUGUGGUUCUCCCGGAAGAAGGGACGUGGACCGACCUAGAACCGGCCUAUGAAACCGUGAUGCUGGACGAGAAGGGCGCGUUCCUCUGGAUAGAGACAAUCUGGACUAAGGUCAGCUUGACGAGACUCUCACCUAGCUUGAUGGACCUAGAAUUCCGAGGAACAGUGGACGCUCGAGGGUGGGUCUACCUGUCACAAGAAUUGGAAAAUGCAAUGGUAGUGGGACUAGUAUUAGGCACGGUACCGGAUCAGUUGUUUAGGCAAGCGGAACGGGAAGCGGUAUGGGCAGCAUGUCAGCGGGCAGAAAUGGAGAUGGAAAGGAUGGAGGUGCGAGUGGAACUCGGGGACCGGAAAAAUAUGAGACGUCCCCUCAGGGAAAUGAGGUGCGUGAUACCCCCGUUUCUGGUGGAUGCAGUCUUUGGGACCAGGGAUAGACUUGAACGAAUAUGCCAAUCGAUGUCACGCCUGAGGCUGUACCAAUGUGUUAGACAAGAGUUCUUUAGGCUGUCGGUGGAAGCAGGGCCGUUUGAAGGAAACUGGGCUGAAGAAUUAGCUGAGAUGUUAAACCUCCUCAGCGCGGAUGAAGUCUUUGUUCCUAGUCCGGUGUAUUGGCAGAUAGUUUACCGAAAUGUGGCGGCAGGGGAAACCUUCUUGGAGGGGGUGAAAAAGAUGUUUUUAGUGCGGAUUGGGAGCCAGGAGAUCAAAGGCGAGUGCGUGAUGGCGCGAAGAAGGACGUUUCUCGAGGAACGCCCCUUGGGCAUUGAGCCGCCUAGGGAAGUACCGGGUGGGGUAGAGGUUAGCUUGCCGGCGGCAAGUGAAGGCUUGCACCAGGUGGCAGAUUGGGUCGGGGUCGAGAUUGCGGAAAAUAUGGUCUACUUGGUGACGAAAGUUGAGUGGCGUGCGGAUGAGAAUGGGGAAUGGAACUCGGACCCGCGGGGGCAUGUGCGUGCAGAAGGACGGUUGUAUGUGUCAGAGGAUGGGUGGAGGGAGUUCGGAGUUCGGCUGGCAUCAGGAGAAGACCCGUUGGGCAUGUUUGAAGGGGCAUGGCAGUUAGUAUGGCGAGCGGGGUUUGAGUUUGCAGAUCCAGGGGUUGACAAUGUAACAGCGGACCUUAGGGUAGCCAUGGUCGGGAGUUUUGAAUUGCCUAGCAAAAAUGUACGAAUGAGGCUGCCGCCCUUCCUGCUGAAAAGGUUGGGCGGUCUAGGACUUGUUAGACGAGCAGUAGCCGACCUCGCAAGCGUGACAUAUGAAGAUGCGAUGGUACAUCGAGAAUACUAUCGGGCCUUCCUAGAAAUGGGCCCGUUCAGUGGAGAGCAGAAGUACGAGGUGUUGCGCAUCCUGCGUGCUGUGUUUAGCACCAGGCCGAGGGCUCCGGUCGUGGGGAGUGAGGUCCUGUGGGGUGUCAUCCGACGGGAAAUAAGUCAAGGGAUGGUGUACGUGGAUGAUCUGUACCGAUUGCUAGGUAAAGAAAUGGUGACUGAGAAAGGGAUCGAUGACCAGCAGAGCGGAGGGAAUCAGGGCACGAAUGGGGAUGGGGAACGAAACGAGGGAUCAGCAAGGGAUCGAGAGUCAGCCAAACUGGAAGGAACCCGAGAAGACGGAAAGGAUCUCGCAACUGGAGAAAGCUCGGGGAAAGUUGGGGGUAGCAAAAGGGGACCUCAGGAAAACAGGGAAGGGGGGGACGAUAUGAGAACAAGCCCUCGGAACUCAGCAGGAGCCACCCCUAAAAAGACAAAAGUCUUGGAUGCCAGUCGUAAAUUGGCAGAAAUAGAAAAGCGGACUGCAAAAUUUAAGGCAAGGCUUAUCGAGCAGAUGAUGGCCGAGGAUGAGGAGGACCCCCAAGGCGCAGGGUCACGUGAGGGACGAGGAACCGGUCAGGACGAGGCCAGAGGGCAACCGGCGCAGGUUGCGGACAAAAAGGAUCACUGCGAAGAUCCGGCGGCGAUCGGAGAGCAGCCUUCAAGACGCGAUAAUAGCCACAAAGGAACGCCUAGCAAGAAGGGGAAGGACAAGAACGACCCCCCGGCGGAGGGGACGGAAAAUGCUAUGACCCCGCCUGCCAUCGACAGCGGCACUAGCCGACUACCAGCCACGCCGAAAGUCACAGGGGCGUGCGACGGACUCUGGAGCCUUAGGGAAAGGGUGCUAGGAUGGUUUGACCCAGAAGGAACGCCGAAAACCAGGGAGAAGCAGAGGGAAAGCAAGGAAGGGGAAGGGACCAGUGCAGCUGGAGAAGCGGGUAGCUCCGAAGGUGGUCUCAAGAUGAUAGUCACCACCCUCACCCGGGCACUAAACAAGAACCAGGGAUAUCUCGCAGAUGCAAAGAAGAAAUUCACGUUCGAUGGGGCAAACAUUACGGAGUUUCUAAUAGAGUAUGAGAACCUAGCAGCCUUACUGAAAUGGACGGAAGAAGAAAAGAUGGAGCACCUAGGGCAACAUGUGUCGCUAAGCUUGGGAAGGGACAUUAUGGCCAUCGUCGCGCCCAGUGGAUCCUGGAAAGAAACCAGGAAUGAGAUGAUGAGGAAAUACCUGAAGGCAGAAAAAAUGGCGACACAGGCCGAAUUAGCCGCAGUCCAGAGGAAAAACUAUGCGACUUACAACGAUUUCCUAAGGGCAUUUACGUUAGUGGCUCUGCGAAUUCCCGGGGUAACGGACCGCAUAAUGAGUAAAUACUUCCUCAGGCAGUUCUCCGAGUUUGACAAGGAUAAGAUUUUGUCAGCAUACCAGCAGACCAGUAAGUUCGAGUACACGAGAGAUGUGGACUUUAGUACGGUAACAGAUCUCGCAGAAAAGACUGUGGUGACCGAGACGUUGGCCCUGCUUAAAGAAGGAGAGGUUAUAGACCUGACUGGGAAGACGGGGGAUAAGGUCAAGAAGGGGACAAAAAGUUUGCACGAGCGGGUGCACGGGGUCGAUAGUCUCGUACCUCCGAGUGAGAACCAGUCGCGCGAUGGGGACAUCGUGUUUUGAGUGGGGGGAAGGUGUGCCGUCUACCAAUGAAUACGCAUGAAAAUA